UGGUGUAAGCUCUGAAGUAGAAAUCAGAAAGUGAGAAAAUUUAACGGGAAGUGAAAAUUGUAAUUGUUUUAUUGGUUUAAAAUAGUUUUGUUCAAUAAAAUUAAAUCAACCAAAACUCGUAGCUUAAAUAAAUGCACGAAUACCGGCCACGUGUCAGUCUAUCCUAUUUAGUUACAUUGCAUAAAACGAAUUACCUAAGCCCGACUUGAUUACAAUGGAAUUCUAGCUUGGUUUCCCAUAAAUACGUGACCUCUUCUCGAUUUAGUGCCACAGUGACGACCAAGUGCGAUGCAGUCUUCAAAGCAACUCGGACUGGCACUGACCCUUGUGCUCAUUUUGUGCCUCAGCCAAAGCGGUGUGGAAUCGAAGAUAAGAUGGCGAAAGUCGGUGCAACUGAGUCUGCACAGGGAAACCAAUCACAAGGUGCUCAGGAGUUUCAUCAGCCAAAAGAGGAGGCUCAAGAAUAUAUUGUUCACAACCACAGAUACAGAGGCAGUGGGAGGAUCCUUUGCCGUGACAAAACCUGUGUCGAGAGAUAAUUUGACCAAUUCUCACAAUACGGAAUACUAUAUAAAAGCCUAUUUUGGGCAGCCCAAAACCCAGCAGGUCACUCUUCUAGUGGACACAGCCUCAUCAAAUCUCUGGGUUUAUUCCUCGGACUUCGCAAACAAGUCCUGUGCGAAACACAAUGGAUACGACGAAAGUAAGUCGCAAACACAUCAGCAGAAUGGAGCAUCCUUUGCCAUACAGUAUGCAUCGCAAAGCGAUCUGAAUGGAUUCCUCUCCACGGACACUUUCACAGUUGGCGAUUUGGCGGUGAAGAAUCAGACAUUUGGUGUGAUUAAUUCAGCACCUCUGAGCCUCUGUAAACGUUCCAAUUUCGAUGGCAUUCUUGGUCUGGGACUUUCUCAAAUUGCCCUCGAUGGAGUGACGACCCCGCUGGAUAAUAUGAUCGCUCAAGGACUCAUCGACGAUCCCAUUUAUUCGCUCUACGUCAACCGAAACGAUUCGGAUGCCAGCAAUGGUGGAGUUUUGCUGCUGGGCGGUUCGGAUCCCACUCUUUACAGAGGAUGUCUCACCUAUGUGCCGCUUUCCAAAGUCGGUUUUUGGCAGAUCACUGUGGGCGGAAUUAAGAUAGGCAGUAAAACACUCUGCCAUAAUUGCCAGGCCAUGUUCGAUGCGGGUACCUCGUUGAUAAUUGUUCCCUGUCCGGCUCUGAAAGUCAUCAAUAACAAGCUGGGCAUCAAGGAAUCGUCUAAAAGAGAUGGCGUCUACAUCAUCGAUUGCAGCAAGGCGUCCAGUCUGCCGAAUGUUGUCGUGAAUAUUGGCUGGAAGGACUUCACUUUGACCCCCUCCGACUAUGUUCUCAACUACAGUGGAACCUGCGUUUCUGGCUUCGCAAGUCUCUCCGACUGCAGUGCUGAGACCUCUAGUGAUAGUAGCGACGAACUGAAUAAUAUAUGGGUAUUUGGCGACGUGUUUUUCGGAGCAUUCUUCUUGUUGUUCGAUUUCGGUCUCAAGCUUAUCGGCAUAGCACCCAAAGUUUAAACAAAUAUUUUUGAAAGUUCUAAAGACCGAAAGGAACCAUAUUUUACAAUGAAUUAUUAAUAUUUGGUGGCAGGUUAUAAAAUAAAAUACAAAAAAUAAAUGAAAGACAUUAGUAUUACACAUCUAAAAAUCGACUUACUUUCAUUAAACAGUUACUAUAUUAAUACCAAAUAUAUUUUUAUGAGUUCCUCACAAAGAAAUUUCCAAGCCAAAAGAUGUAUUAUUUUGUUCCAAGCUUUAUAAAAAAAAAAUAUUAAUGUUUGGU